AUGCUCGUUAAUGUCGUCAGGACAACUCGGCGCCCCGGAGACGCCAAGGACAGAAGACGACUUAGAAAAAGAAGCGGCUCGACGGACAAAACUAGGUGGUGUGUCCCUCCUGUUUCAGACGCCUUUCUUCAGCAGCGUCAUGAGCGAGAGCUGCGACAACGACCAGGAGGCGCUGGAGCGGGUGACUUCCUGUUUCCAGACACUGGUCUGUCGCGCCGCCUACCGCGUCUCCUUGGCAAAGCGGCCCAGGAGGAACGUCCGGCCGUGGAACGCCUGUGGGUCCACUUCCUGUCCGCCUUAGAGAACUUCCUCUCUGACCUGCGGAAGGCCGAUGAGCUGGCAGGACGUUUUCCGCUGGAACGGCUGAAGGACCGACGCGCCUUGAUCAACACGGGAUGCGUGGACGGCGUUGCGGGCAUCGCGGGCACCGCCGCCUCGCUUCGGGCGACCCCGUCCUCCAACGGUCUGCAGGAGGUGGGGCUUCAGAGACAUCUCCACGCAUUGGAGGAUGUGCUGAGCAUCAUGCACGCUCGGGUUCCAGUGGCAUUAUGGUGCGUGGAGUCCACGCAGCCGACGUGCCCCCGAACGCCUGUCGGCGACGAGGACCGAGACAGCCUGGAGGAGAUGACGGCACCCACCGACACCUGCUGCUGGCCAGCGUGCAGCCGCCUCAAACGUGCCUCAUCUAAUUAG